AUGCAGCAGCUGUCAGAGCAAAUCUUAUGGGGGCCCCUGAAGAAUGACAGCAUCGUGUUCCCUCAUUUAUCAUAUAAGCCCGAGGUGGUACCGAAGGCUUCAGUGUGGAUUCACAUUGGAAGCGAAGUAGGGGGCCCGGGCGUGGCGGAGGCGGAGGCGGAGGACAGCUUCUGUCAGAAGCUGGCGCGGUCGCUGCAGAGUCGGAUUUCGGAUUCGUGGCGAGACACGCACGGGCGGAGCCGGGAGGAGUUGAUGGAGUUAAAGGAGCGCGUGAAGAGUUUGUUACGGCGUUAUGAUAAAACCUUCAUCGGCCGUUUCCAGCGCCCGCCAUCGCGUCAAGAAAAGGAGCCGAUGCGGGCCGCGUAUGAACUCUACAGACAGCUGAAGGCCGCCGCGCAGCGCCAGGCGGUUUCGAACGGGGGUUCUGAAGCUCCCCAAGGCGGGGGCGUAGGCGCUACCACUGAGCUACAGAUCCGACUUAACGAAUUGCUAGUCAAAAAGGCCCAACUCGGCAGACAACUGCAGGCAUUUGCGGACGCAUUUGAAAGAAAGAAUUCCCGCAAAGUAAAAUAUGCCAAAGACAUACAGCCAGUCGACGAAGAAUACAAAUUGUACAAACAAAUCAAAUCGGUAACCUCCUCUCCCUGGGACUGGCGGCACCCCACCCCCUGGGAUCUGGCGGCACUCCCUGGGAUCUGGGACUGGGACUGGGUGGGGAGAAUGCGUCACCUGGGACUGAGUACACCCGUGGUCCAGCUCAGUGUUUCUUCUGGUUAG